AUGAACCGGACCUACCCAAAGAGAAGUAUGGAUGCCACCUCGUUUGGUUCCACAGUGACAAUGAUCUCCAGAGAAGAGAAAGACUUGUGUUGCGGCUGUACCAGACGUUGUGUGUGUAUAAUAGCCAUCAUUCUACUCAUUCUGACGAUUGCUGCUGCUGCCAUUGCGUGUACAGUUGUUUUUGCCCUCCCUUCAAAAACGCCAGAGAGUCGCUUCUGUGUCACAUCAGAUAAUUACACGGGAUUCCUGUGUAAUGAUAGAAUCACGUGCCUGCUGCCAUCGCAGGUCUGUAACUCUGCUAGUGACUGUGGAAGUGGGGAGGAUGAAGAUACUUCUAUAUGCAGUAACCUACCUAAAAAUAUGCCUGGAUACCUGAUAUUCCGCUGUGGAAACCCGCAAAUCUGGAUCUACAGCAAUUACAAGUGUAAUGGGAUCAAUAACUGCGGGGACUGUUCAGAUGAAUCUACAGUUCUGGCAUCCUGUCCUGCAUGUGGCUCUCAGUGGUGGCCAUGCAACCCCGUCCUUUACCAAUACUGUUACUGCAUCCCUCGAAGCCUGUGCAAAAAUGGAGUCCAGGACUGUCAGGACUGGUCUGAUGAGUAUGUGUGCACCAAGUAA